GAACAGUAUCGGUGUUCCGGCUAACUCACUGCCGAAUCACAUGGUGGUCACGUGUUUGAUCGGGUAAGCGGAAGUGGCUUACAGACGUCUGAAGGAGAUGUAAACAUUGAGUGGGGAUGGAGCAUGGGUACACGAAGUAGCAGCAGUGCAGGCGGAGGGAGAGCUCCAGGGGAUUCUCUGGGAAGUUCCCGCAGCAGUUCAGAGUCCCGUGGAACACAGGAUGAUGAUGACGAGGAGAACGUUGACCUGGCGCAGGUAUUGGCGUAUCUUCUGCGCAGGGGGCAGGUGCGUCUAGUGCAGGGGGCAGGCCCUGCCAGCUUACACCUGGUGCAGUCCCUGUCCGACUCAGAUGAUGACAACGACAGUGCUUGGGAAGGCUGUCUAGGGGACCGCUACACCCCUCCUGUUGAUCCAUCUCCAGACACCGCUAUACUGGAUCAGAACCAGAUCAGGACACAGGUUUUGCUUGCUACUGGAAAGUUAGGAUCACGAAGAGAGCACAGUAUCACACGACUACUACGAGAGAGGGAGAGGACGGGAUGUGGAUUCUCUCUAGGGGAGCGGUGCCGUGUAACAUCUCACUUCCUCCCAAAUCAUGUCUAUGCUACAGACUCCUAUACCCAGAAGGCUUUCUGUGGUGUGUACUCUACAGAUGGGGCAGUCUUCAUGUCUGCUUGCCAAGAUCAGAACAUCCGCCUAUAUGAUUGCAGACGUGGUAGAUUCAAGAAAUUUCGGACUGUGAAGGCCCGUGAUGUUGGAUGGAGUGUUUUGGAUGUGGCUUUUACCCCGGAUGGAGGGCAUUUCUUGUAUUCCAGCUGGUCAGACUACAUUCACGUCUGUAACAUAUAUGGGGAAACAGAGACGCACACUGCUCUGGACCUCAGUCCAUCAGAGCGCCGCUUUGCAGUUUUUUCUCUUACUGUGUCUUGUGAUGGCCGGGAAGUUCUUGGAGGAGCCAACGAUGGUUGUGUGUAUGUGUAUGACCGGGAGCAGAAUAUCCGAACGCUCAAGAUUGCCUCUCACGAAGAUGAUGUGAAUGCCGUGUCAUUUGCCGAUGACAGCUGUCAUAUCCUGUACUCUGGUGGCGACGAUGCUCUGUGUAAAGUAUGGGACCGCCGCACUAUGCGGGAGGAUGACCCCAAGCCUGUGGGCAUCUUAGCUGGGCAUCAAGAUGGUAUCACUUUUAUACACAGCAAGGGUGACGCUCGGUACCUGCUAUCUAAUUCCAAAGAUCAGAGUAUUAAGCUAUGGGAUAUCAGGCGAUUUUCAGGGCCAGAGGCACUGGAGGCCUCACGCAGAGUGGUGACCCAGCAGAACUGGGAUUACCGCUGGCAACAGGUCCCUAAAAGAGCCCUCAGAAAGAAACGCCUCCCCGGGGACACAUCUUUAAUGACAUACCGUGGUCACGGUGUCCUUCACACUUUAAUCCGGUGCCGCUUUUCACCAGAGUACAGUACUGGUCAGCAGUAUGUGUACAGCGGCUGCUCCACAGGUCGAGUCGUAAUUUACGACCUCUUAACCGGUCAGAUAGUAAAGAAGCUGGCCAAUCACAAAGCUUGUGUGCGAGACGUCAGCUGGCAUCCAUGCGACAACAGGCUUGUUAGCAGCUCCUGGGAUGGCAGCCUCCGUGUGUGGGAACACCGCCAAGCCGAAUUUUACCCGGAGGAUCUGCGUACCCCCCUACUAGAUUCUGAGGGCAGUCCAGCAAGCAGCUCCUCUUCCUGGUAGCCCCAGUACUGGCCGCUAACUCUAAAUCUGUGUAGGACAGACAGAGUCUGUGUGUUUCCCGUGUGGCACAGCAUUUGAUUUAUAUAAUAGUUAAGGAGGUGUGUAUGUAUGUUGUGUGUACCAUGUAUGUAGGCAUGCUUCAUAUGGGUAGAUUUUAUGGGCUGAGUGAGAAAAUUAACAGAUGACUGCAGGCAUGUAACAAUCGAUACUAACAUGUGGUUGUGACAGGUGAUAGAACCGGAGGAGCUGUAAACGACAAGUGUCUUGAUCAUAAGGGUCUGUAACAAGUGGGGUGGGGUGGGGUGGGAUGCUAGUAGUGACGUGACGGACAGCAGAAGUGCUAUUUGUCAUAGGUGACCGUUUUCAUUAUAAUUAUAACUGGUAUGUUGCAAAUAUUAUGCUCCAGUUUCAUUUUCUGUAAUAAACAUGUCUUAAAUCUUCA